CCCACAGCGAGGAGGACCUCGGCGAAGCCUUCGACUUUUGAGGACAGCGAGGAAGAGGAGGAGGAGGAGGAGGAGGAAGACUCGGCGGCUGAGCCGAGCGGCGAAGCGGUUCUCCGGGCACCCCCUCGCAGGCGACGUGCUGCCAGCUCCACCGGCGUCGACGGGCUGGUGCCGGAGACCCAGGAAGGGCUGCCGGUGGGGGUGAGCAUGGGGAGGCGGGGUGGAGACCCCCACAUCGAUGCCCAGACCUGGAAGAGGAAAAGCAGCCGCCGAGGUGAGCGCUUCGAGUUCCCGGCGGUGGAGGACGAUGUGAUCUACGACGAUGUCCCCUGUGAAACCCUCGAUGCCGAGCAGGACGGCCCGGGGCAGGAGCAGAGCCUGAUCUACGAGGAGGUGCAGCGCGGCGAGGGGCCGCGGGCGGGCGAGGAUUUGGGCUGGAGCUCCAGCGAGUUCGAGAGCUACAGCGAGGACUCGGGCGAGGAAACCAAACCGGAGGCCGAGCCGGCCAAGCAGCGGGCAUCCUUCCAGCCCAAGCUUUCUCCAGACCUGAAUAGACUAAAGGAGAGAUACGCCAGGACUAAGAGGGACAUCCUGGCUUUAAGAGUUGGGGGGAGAGACAUGCAGGAGCUGAAGCAGAAGUACGAUUGGAAGAUGACCCAGCUGAUGAAAGCGGCCAAAAGCGGCACCAAGGACGGUUUGGAGAAGACCAAGAUCGCGGUGAUGAGGAAGGUGACGUUCCUGCACCGGAAAGAAGCGCCAGGGGACUCGGAGGAGGAGGACACGGGGUUCCUGGAGGUCACCGUCUCCGACAUGAAGCACCCGCCGCCGGAGCUGGGCCCCAUGCCCGAGGGGCUGAGCCCACAGCAGGUGGUCCGACGGCACAUCCUGGGCUCCAUCGUGCAGAGCGAGCGGAGCUACGUGGACUCCCUGAAACGCAUCCUGCAGGAUUACAGGAAUCCGCUGAUGGAGAUGGAGCCGAAGGUGCUGAGCGCUCGGAAGUGCCAGGUGGUGUUUUUUCGCCUGAAGGAGAUCCUGCAGUGCCACUCCAUGUUCCAGAUCGCCCUCGCCUCCCGCGUGGCCGAGUGGGACUCGGCGGAGAAGAUCGGGGACCUCUUCGUGGCCUCGUUCUCCAAGUCGAUGGUGCUGGAUGUCUACAGCGACUACGUCAACAACUUCACCACCGCCAUGUCCCUCAUCAAGAAGGCUUGUCUCACCAAACCCGCCUUCCUCGACUUCCUUAAGAAGAGGCAGAUGGCCAGCGCCGACCGGGUCACGCUCUACGGGUUGAUGGUGAAGCCCAUCCAGAGGUUCCCCCAGUUCAUCCUGCUCCUGCAGGACAUGCUGAAAAACACCCCCAAGGGCCACGCGGACCGCCUGUCCCUCCAGCUGGCCCUCACCGAGCUGGAGACGUUGGCGGAGAAGCUCAACGAGCAGAAGCGCUUGGCCGACCAGGUGGCCGAAAUCCAACAGCUCAGCAAGAGCAUGAGCGACCGCAGCAGCCUCAACAAGCUGCUGAGCUCGGGGCAGCGGCAGCUCCUGCUCUGCGAGACGCUGACGGAGACGGUCUACGGCGACCGGGGCCAGCUCAUCAAGUCGAAGGAACGGAAGGUUUUCCUCCUCAACGACAUGCUGGUCUGCGCCAACAUCAACUUCAAAGGCCAGCUGGAAAUUAGCAGCCUGGUGCCCCUGGGUCCCAAAUACGUGGUGAAGUGGAGCACGGCCCUCCCGCAGGUGCAGGUGGUGGAGGUGGGGCAGGAGAGCGGCGCUUACGAUAAGGACAACGUCGUCAUCCACAACGCUGGCACCAAGAAGCACGCGCCGGCCGGGCAGUCUUCACACAAUAAAGUCUACCUGGGGCCACCGCGGCUCUUCCAGGAGCUGCAGGACCUGCAGAAGGACCUGGCGGUGGUGGAGCAGAUCACCCUUCUCAUCAGCACCUUGCACGGCACCUACCAGAACCUGAACAUGACGGUGGCCCAGGACUGGUGCUUGGCCCUGCAGAGGAUGAUGAAGGUGAAGGAGGAGGAGAUCCACUCCGCCAACAAGUGCCGCCUCCGUCUCCUGCUGCCUGGGAAGCCAGACAAGUCCGGCCGCCCCAUCAGCGUCAUGGUGGUCUUCAUCACUCCGAACCCCCUGAGCAAGAUCUCCUGGGUGAACCGCCUGCACUUGGCCAAGAUAGGACUGCGGGAGGAGAACCAGCCGGGCUGGCUCUGUCCCGACGAAGACAAGAAGAGCAAAGCUCCUUUCUGGUGUCCCAUCCUCUCCUGCCACAUGCCCGCCUUCUCCUCCAAGGCCCUCGACCUGCAGCUCGCCGCCGCGGUGCACAACCCCGUGCAGUCCUCGCUGCUGGGCUUCUCCGCCGUCAGCACCUCGCUGCCGCAGGGCUACCUCUGGGUCGGAGGGGGCCAGGAAGGCGCCGGGGGGCAGGUGGAGAUCUUCUCCCUCAACCGCUCCGUGCCGCGGACGGUAAAGUCCUUCCCGGUGGCUUCGCCGGUGCUGUGCAUGGAGUACAUCCCGGAGGCGGGGGGCGAAGGGGAACCGACGGGCACCCAGGACCCCCAACCCACCACCGACCAACCCCCGGCAGCCCCGCAUCCCACCGUGUGCUUGGGGCUGCGGGAUGGCAGCAUCGCGGUCUACGGCAGCGUGGACACGGGGACGCAGUGCUUGUUGACCUGCAAAAGCCCCGGCGUGCAGCCCGUCCUCUGCCUGAAGCACAGCCCCGACUACCUCUUCGCGGGGCUGCAGGAUGGGACCGUGGCCGCCUACCCCAGGAGCAACGGGGGGCUGUGGGAUGUGACGGCACAGCCCACCCGCCUGCCCGUGGGUACUGGCCCCGUGCGAGCCCUCCUGACGCUGGAGGAGACCCUCUGGGCCAGCUGCGCCAACCAGGUCACCGUCCUCGAUGCCACCAGCCUCCGCUCCCAGCAAACCUUCGAGGCCCACCCGGACGCGGAGGCCAGCGUCACGCACAUGAUCAAGGCGGGCAGCGGGGUCUGGAUGGCCUUUUCCUCCGGCUCCUCCAUCCGCCUCUUCCACACCGAGACGCUGGAGCAUCUGCAGGAGAUCAACAUCGCCACCAGGACCACCUUCGUCCUGCCGGGUCAAAAACACGUCCGCGUCACCAGCCUCCUCAUCUGCCAGGGUUCGCUCUGGGUGGGCACCGACCAGGGCAUCAUCGUGCUGCUGCCCGUGCCCCGCUUGGAGGGCAUCCCCAAAAUCACCGGAAAAGGCAUGGUGUCCCUCAACGGGCACGGCGGCCCCGUGGAGUUUUUGGCGGUGGCUUUGAGCACCCUGGCCCCCGACGUGCUAAAAGGCGACCAGGAGGAGGAAGAAGAGGGUGAGGAAGAGAAACCGGCGGAGCUGGAUGGCCCCUCGCCUCGAGAAAUGAGAAAAAAAGGGAUUUUAUUACAAUAUCGUCUCCGAUCCACCUCUCACCUGCCCGGGCAGCUGCUGUCGGUGCGGGAUGCGCCGGCGGGUGGGACGCCGGCGCACACCGAGGAGGACGGUUCCAUCUACGAGAUGGCCGACGACCCCGACGUCUGGGUGCGGAGCCGCCCUUGCGCCCGCGACUCCCCCCGCAAGGAGAUUUCUUCGGUGGCCAUCGUUUCGGGGGGUCGGGGCUACCGUAACUUCAACGCCGAGUCGCCGCGCCGGGGCGGCGAUGCCGACAGCACCCUGCUCAUCUGGCAGGUCCCACUGAUGCUAUAGCACACCGGGACCCGCCCCCCCCCCGUCACCCGCCGCCUCCAUCCACCCGGCACCUACCUCAAAAAAACAAAAAAAAAAAACAAAAAAAAAAAACAAACAAAAAAACCACACCAACAAAAAAAAAAAAACACAAACAAAAACCCACCCAAAAGCUGCCGGGGGUGGUCCCACCCUUUAUUUUUU